AUGCAGAUUGAAACCUCUCUAUCGCGAAGCCUCUGUCUAACUUUGAGCAAUACAGGACUGGUUGCUCCUAUCCGGCAAAGGGAGAGUGAUGGGACUGGUGGGUACGAUCUGGCAGGGGAGAGUGCUGGUCGCCCAGAGUUCCGUCGAGGGUUGAGCUCGGUCGACAGUUUCGGCUUGGCAAUACCGUUUGUCGUCGGCAGAUAA